AUGUCUAGUAGCACCGCCAACCGGAUCAAGGAAGGCGCUCGAUCGGCCGCCACAAAGGUCGAAGAAGCAGCCAGCGAGGCCGUCAACAACCCUGUCCAGGCCAAAAAUGACUUCCUCCACCUCCCUGUCGUGCGCGCCGCUCUCCCCUUUGUCAAUGGAGGUCUCGCAGGCAUGUUUGCAACGGCAUGCAUCCAGCCCAUAGACAUGGUCAAAGUGCGCCUACAGCUAGCGGGCGAGGGCGUGAAGACGGGCCCCAGGCCCACGGCUUUGGGGAUCACAAGAGACAUCAUUGCUCAAGGGAAGGUGCUCGAUCUUUACAAUGGUCUCUCAGCUGGUCUGUUGAGACAAGCCGUGUAUACCACCGCAAGACUGGGCUUCUUCGACACCUUCCAGAACAUGCUGCAUGAACGCGCUGAGCAGAACGGCACAAAGGUCACAUUCGCCGAGCGAGGCGCUGCUGGCCUUGCAGCCGGUGGAUUGGCUGCCAUGGUCGGCAACCCGGCCGAUUUGGCACUCAUUCGCAUGCAGUCUGAUGGCUUGAAGCCCAAAGACGCCCGCGCAAAUUAUAGAUCAGUAUUUGAUGCUUUAACUCGCAUUGCCAAAUCCGAGGGCAUCACUGCUCUCUGGGCCGGGGCGUACCCGACCGUCAUCCGCGCCAUGGCUCUCAACUUUGGUCAACUCACAUUCUUUGCCGAAUCCAAGGCUCAAAUCAAGCAUUAUUUCCCCGACAUCUCGGAAUCGACGAACCGAUUCGGCGCAUCUGCGAUUGCCGGCUUCUUCGCAUCCUUCUUCAGUUUGCCGUUUGACUUCGUCAAGACGCGGUUGCAGAAGCAACAGAGGGGUCCUGAUGGCAAGCUUCCCUAUAACGGCCUCUUCGAUUGUGCGAAGAAGGUUAUCCGUGAUGAAGGUUGGCUACGAUUUUACCGUGGAUUCGGCACCUACUAUGUCAGAAUUGCACCGCACGCGAUGAUCACCCUGAUCGUUGCCGACUACCUGAAGUUGAUCACCGCCUGA